AUGCCUGUCAAGAUUAAGGAGACACUUUACAUUAAGCCAGCCAGGCCAACGAAACAUAUUCAAAUUCCGCUUUCUAAUUAUGAUAUUAUAACUCAACCAUAUUAUUUGGGGUCCAUUGUCUUUUUUAAAAAUGCCUUUAAAAAAAAUAAUUUUAUGAAUAUUCAAAAACUUUUAGCUUCGCUUGAAGAAGUAUUAACCGAUUAUUAUCCUCUGGCUGGUACACUUAAAAGUGAGCCUGAUGGUAGAUCUAUCAUUGACUGUAAUGAUCGUGGCGUUAAAUUUAUUAUUGCCGAGUGUUCUGAUAUUACAAUCAAUCAACUUGAAAAUAAGAAAUGGGAACAUUCGGCUAUUCCUCAUGAAUUGCUGCCAUCAUCACCUAUUCCUAAUAAAAUUGAUCCAAUUCUAUUUAUAGCACAACACACUACUUUUGCUGAUGGAUCCGUAGCUCUUGGUGUUUAUAUGCAUCACCAAAUUAUAGAUGGCUUUGGUUGCUAUACCUUUAUGAAAAAUUGGGGACGAAAAGCUCGUUUUGAGCAGAUUGACCCACCUAUUCAUGAUCGAAGCCUAUUAAAAGCAAGUGGUAACCCCCCAACCCAUGUUCCCCACGAAUAUUUUAUAAUGAAACCGAGGUCUGAAAAGACUUCGAACAUACAAAAAUCUCCUGCAACUUCAUCUUUAACUACCAAAAUUUUUCACUUUAGUCAAGAUAAUCUUAAGAGAUUAAUUGAUUAUUAUUCCAUUGGCAUUUCUAAUGAGAAUUGGAUUUCAACAAGUGAUGCACUCAUAGCUCACAUUUGGAGGACAAGCACUAGGGCCCGAAAGAUUGAUUUAAACACUGAAGUAUUCUGCGGAAUUGCUAUUGAUGGACGUGAUAUAUUAAUUCCACCAAUUCCCAAAAAUUAUUAUGGAAAUACUACUUUUCAUUUACGUCUAAAAAUGGAUGUCUUUCAAUUAAUUAACGGUACACCAUCUUCAGUAGCACUUCAAAUUCGAAAGGCUGUUACAAAUAUGAACAAUAGUCAUAUUCGAUCCAUAAUUGAUUGGAUUGAACAACAACCAGAUAAAUCAUUGAUCAUGCCAAGUUUUAUGCUCAAUGAUAUAGCAAUAACUAAUUGGUCAAAAUUGCAAAAAUCUAAUUUAAUAGAUUUUGGCGAUGGGACUCCUAUAAUACAGAGAAUGAGGCGAGAAAUGGAAAGUGAUGGGAUAUCUAUAAUAAUUGGUGUUGAGGAUGGAUUAGAUGU